AUGCCUCUGAUUCCGUCUAUCAUCUUCGCUUCGAGCCACAAAGUAUUCUUCGACAUCAGUAUCGGUAAUCCAGUUGGAAAACUAGUGGGUAAGAUUGUCAUCGGACUCUUUGGGGACGAUGUCCCCCAAACUACCGAGAACUUCCGGGCCCUUUGCACUGGUGACAAGGGUUUUGGCUACAAGAACUCCACCUUCCAUCGUGUCAUCAGAGACUUCAUGGUUCAAGGAGGAGAUUUCGACAAAGGAAAUGGAACUGGAGGCAAAAGUAUAUAUGGUCGCACUUUCAAAGAUGAGAAUUUUAAACUCUCUCAUACUGGACCCGGAACUGUUAGUAUGGCUAAUGCCGGUCCCAACACCAAUGGGAGUCAGUUUUUCAUAUGCACCGUCAAGACGCAAUGGCUUGAUCAGAAACAUGUUGUUUUUGGCCAAGUUUUGGAAGGCAUGGACAUUGUUAGAUUGAUUGAAUCGCAAGAGACAGAUCGUGGUGAUCGUCCACGAAAGAAGGUUGUUAUCAGUGACUGUGGUGAGCUGCCAAUUGCUUGA